GCAUCCGGUAACUUUCUAUGCGCAUUCUGGAUCGGCGCAUUGCAUUCUGGAUCUCGUAGUCUUUCUGAGAGGGCUGAGGGGUUCGAGGGGAAGGUGACUGGAAUCAGUGCAGUUAAAGUGGUGGCCGUCGUUGCAGGGACUGUUUCUUUUCAGCACAGUUUUGGGCGGGGUGUUGAAGCUUUGGCAAGAUGGCGCCGCCCCUGUCGCCCUUGGUUACUGGGCGCUGCUUUCUGCGGGCAGCAGCUCGACAUGUUGUCCUCUUGCUAUCUGGAUGGUCUGAGGCCGCCGCCCCACGGAAAGCUUACGCAGUUCAGGCAGCUGAGAAAGGAACCAGUAGCACUCUAGCAGAUGCUAAUUCUAAGGCAUUGUUGGUUUGCAAUGGACCUUUAGAACAUUAUGACUUUCUGGUCAAAACAGAAGAACUGAAGAAUGAUGACCAACAGCAGAAAGUCAUACAGUGCCUACAGAAGCUACACGAAAGCCUUAAAGGCUACAGUAUCAGUUCAAAACACCUCUUAUCAAAGUUAUUUACAAGACACAAACCUUCAAAAGGUCUUUAUGUCUAUGGAGAUGUUGGCACAGGAAAGACAAUGGUGAUGGACAUAUUUUAUUCUCAUAUACAAGUAGAAAGAAAAAAGAGAGUCCAUUUUCAUGGCUUCAUGUUAGAUGUACAUAAAAGAAUACAUCGACUUAAGCAGAGCUUGCCAAAGAGGGUACCUGGGUUAAUGGCUAAAUCAUAUGAUCCAAUAGCACCUAUAGCUGCUGAAAUAAGUGAGGAGGCUUGUCUCCUGUGUUUUGAUGAAUUUCAGGUCACGGACAUUGCCGAUGCCAUGAUUCUCAAACAGCUUUUUGAAAACCUGUUCCAAAAUGGUGUGGUUGUUGUGGCAACAUCCAACAGGCCUCCAGAAGACCUCUAUAAAAAUGGGCUCCAGAGAGCUAACUUUGUGCCGUUCAUUGCAGUACUAAAGAAAUAUUGUAAUGUCAUCCAACUGGAUUCUGGAAUAGACUACAGGAAACAAGGGCUUCCAGCUGCAGGGAAGCUGUACUACCUCACAAGUGAAGCUGAUGUGGAGGCUGUCAUGGAUAAGUUGUUUGAUGAGCUGGCUCAAAAACAAAAUGAUUUAACUAGACCAAGGAUUUUAAAAGUACAAGGCAGAGGGCUGAGAGUGAAUAAAGCAUGUGGAACCGUUGCAGACUUCACGUUUGAAGAGCUGUGUGACAGACCACUUGGUGCCAGUGAUUAUUUGGAAAUAGCCACACAUUUUGACUUGGUCUUCAUUCGUUACAUACCUCUGCUUACAAUGGCAAAAAGGACUCAGGCUCGGCGCUUCAUAACUCUCAUUGAUACAUUUUAUGACAAAAAGGUACGCGUCAUUUGUUCUGCAUCAGCACCACUUCAAAGCAUAUUUCUUCAAGAACACCAUGAUAGUGGCCAGGACGAAAGUAGGAUACUGAUGGAUGAUUUGGGGUUGAGCCAGGAUUCUGCUAAAGCCCUCUCUAUGUUUACUGGAGAAGAGGAGAUUUUUGCUUUUCAGCGUACCAUCUCCCGACUCACCGAAAUGCAAACUGAACAGUACUGGAAGGGAGGAGAGAGGAGCAAGAGCCUAUUAUAGCUUAAAAUGAUACAGUGUCAAUAAACAAACAGAGAUUAUAGCAAAUAAAAGUUUUAACUCAA